AAAAACAUGGCAUUUGUGUUUUUUCGUAUUAUAACGUACACGGACCAGCACCCUUUUUAUAGUUGAGAUCGUUCAAUCUGGAGAAAAGUGGUGAACUAACGGACCAACAGACAGACGGACGUGACCAUCCCUGGAGACCGCUGGCACUGUGACGAAGGCUGCAGCAGAACGUUGCUCUGGGUUGUCUCAUGUGAGACGUCCAGGUACAUGAAACCAGAAGAGCUGCUACGCUGAGCUUCCUGCUCUAUAAAGGUCCCUUCAGAUGGUAUAAUCCUUAAUGUGAUGUGAUUCUUGCUGGUAGGGGUCAGUUAGGGGUCAAUCCACAGUGUCAACCAGUGGGCCACCAGCUCUGGAGAGAAAGACAGUGAAAGGCCGGACUGUUAAAUCCAUUCUGAUUAGUGUGUUUCACCUUUAAUUAAGAUCAUGUCACCAGUGAAGGUAGAACCUGUUUUUCUGGAAGCUUCUUCAGGACGUCGUGGGAUCAUUAGACGUAUUGUGUUGGUGACAGACUUUAACACAAACACAGCACGAGACAAGACAGACAUGGAGCCGGGAGGAGUGACGGAGCCUCAGGACAAGAUACAGACCUUGAGGGAUCAGGUAGACGGAGUCACAGACCAGAUGAAGGGGAACAUGGAAGAUCUGAUUAAUCGAGCAGAAAAGAGCGCCGACCUCCUCGCCAAGUCAGAGGAAAUGGAAAAAGGGGCUCAGCAACUGACGCAGACGUCUCGGAGAGUCGCUCGCAGCUACCGGUGUAAGAACGCCAAGCUGACCGUGGUCAUCGUGGUGGUCGUCCUCAUCAUCGUCCUCAUCAUCAUCCUGCUGGCCACCGGAGUCAUCCCUGCUGGUGCACCUGUUCCUCCUAUAGUCCCCCCCACCACCACCCGCAAGCCAUAAACACACACACACACACACAAUGUAUAUAUACAAUCAUAAACAAAGUACUACUCACACAGGUCAGUGCAUGAAUCUCAGAUACCUGCGUUAACAAAGGACAGCAGCUGCUGCCUUGAGGCUACCAGCACAGUUAACCCUUGUUAAGGUGUCUCACUGUACAGCAGCUGCUCUGGUGUCCUCAGAGGACAAACAUGUCCAUGUCAAAAAACUGCCAUAAAAAUAUUACAUAUUAAUAUUAUUUUCCACUUUCACUGAGUUAAAUCUUUUAACCAACCAGAACUACCAAAUAUUCAUUUUCAGAAUUUUUAGUUUGUUUACAUAAUGCCAAUGUGUUUUUUUAUGAAAAAGCCCACACAAAAAUUUAAUUAUUUUUGUACCCUGUAAUUUGCAGGUCAUAAUCUAAAGCAUUACCAUAAAUUACCAUUACCUUUAAGUGUAUGAAUGACAGCAAGAUGGACGUAUGAAACACAUCUGGUCUUAUUGAUAAUGCAGAGAUGUCUGUAGAAGGUUAAUGGCCGUCUGUAAUCUAGACAUGGCUUCAGUUUGAGAUGAGCCAAACACAUCCAGGACUGUGUCAUCUGCAAAAUGUUGAUAUUUUAAGUCUGUGUUGGAGUAAUGCUAAUUUUAAUUAGAUUAUUGUGAGAGCUGGAAAGCAUCUCCCUCACUCAAGGUGGACAGAAUACACACAUGCACAGUGACGGUGUAAAGUUGGACAAAACAAUCUAAUACAGGAAGUGAAUAUGCUUAUGUUGUGCUUUUAUUUUGGUAAACUACUAAUCACGCUCUCUCUGAGGUCUCCAGCUGCCAUCAAUCACCUCGUUAGACCAAACCAAGUGGCAGGGAAGAGAGAGGGGUGAGGGUAGUGGGGUUUCUGUGUUAACCUGGGAUUGUUUGAUGUUUCUUAAGUUUAUAAUACUUACAUACAUACUAUUUAACUUGUGUUAGACUGUAUAGUCAUGUGUAUUUUGUAUAUAUUAGUAUGGUGAUGAUUUAUUUGUAAAUACAGUUAAUUCAUUUAUUUGGUGUGUUCAGGUUCACAUUAUUGUUAGGAGGGUCCAUUUGCUAAUUAGGCCAGCUGGAAAAGGAGCUUGGGAGUGAUGGUGUGGGGAUUUCAAUUCACAUAAUUCAUUGUGGGGGAGCAAUAGCACAGAUGCAAAUGGUGUAGUUGCAGAAGAAUUUUAUAGAUGAUCACUGUUUGGUGUGUAUUAAUAAUGGGGAGGGAACACGGUGUAAUUGCACUCAAAACAGAAGCAGCACUUGACCUAACAUUUGAAAAUAGUACUUUAGCAGGUGUAAGCACAUGGAAAGUAAUAAAGCAUACUAUAAUGGGCAGCGAUCACUACCCGUACUGACUAAA